AAUAGUUUUAUUUUUGGGAUUUAAGGAUUCUCGUUUGAAAAGGAGCGUAAAUUGUGAAUCACUUUUGGAGGAUUAAAAUCGAAUUCAAGUGAGGCUUCACUUCCUACGGACGAACAAUGCGCUAGGCAUUCCAAUAAACCAAUGCAGUGGUCUUGUUAUAAAUCACAAAACAUUCACUCUUAUUGAAUAUUGAAUGGAGUUUACUCGUGACAAAACUAUUUAUAUUUGAGUCAUAAACAAUGCGGCUGAGAUUAAUGAAUGUUAUUAUUAAAGAUACAUUCAUUAUUGUAUAUUGUUGAGAUCAGAGUUACACCACGCUGGAAAGUGGAUGGAUAUCAAUGGACGUGAUGUUCAGAAAAUGGUGGCUGGCUAAUUAAUUGACGAACAUUCUAUCCACCACCCAUUUAUUCUUCCGGAAAAAAUGCCGUCUCUGCAGAGUAUCAGCUACAACUCGUCUCGUGUGCAGCGCGCAUACAGAAUUAACAACAUAGAAAAUCUCCGACUACAGAACAGGAUUCAAUUACUGGAAAAGGAAAGGCUUCACACACAGAGACUUACUAAUCAGGAUAUCCGGCUAAUUUCGCUCACUCUGGACUAUAUUCAGACCCACAGUGGCCAUAGCGCGGAAGGAUUACCUCCACAGGGAGAAAAAGUCCACGAAGAAGAGCAAAAAGAUGACGAAGGACCUACGUUUCUGUACGGCGAAAGAAUAGUCAGUAGAAAGAAACGAAGGAAUCUCAGACCUCAGUCAGCCUUGGACAAAUCUAGUACUAGUAGAUAUAAUAGUGAAACAGCAUCUAUUGUGUCUACAGCAGAAAUUAAUACACGGCCGCAAAGUAGUCCAAUUAGACGAACAACUUUUGUAACGCAUUUACGAGACAGAGAUGAUGAGUCUGUUUUUGGAAGCGCUUCUGAAUCUUCCACAAGCAGUUCAAGUGUAGUAUACGCACGCUUCAAACCUGCUUGGACAGAAGAACCGAUGCCGGAAGUAACAAAAAUAUUACUACGCGCUGCGUCCGAACACAAUCAAAGGGAGUCCGUCUUUUCGCGACACAAUCUCUUAAAUGGGACGCGCGGAACAGCGGCAUUAAAGUCAUUAACGCGAAGUCUGAAAAUGAGUUCCCAAUCAGGCCUACAAAACCAGAUGCCAGUACGGUCCGCAGAGGGAGACAAAAUCUCAAGGGGAAAUAGUCCUGUUCGCGGAGCAAGAAUUACGGAUAUUAUUAAUAGAGGUCCAAAAGCAACUAUGUCAGCAAACGCCUGGAAGGCGCACCUGAACUAUUCACAGUCGGGGCCCCAGAAUAUUUCCGCGCAGCGACAAUACAUAAUGGACACGAAAAAAGAAAUGAACGAAGAGCGGACUAAAAUGAUAGAAAAGAAAGUGAAGAAAUUUGUAUCGAAAUCUAGUCAGUUGCAGUAGUCCGAAUGGAUAUACAACUUUCUCUCACGUUCGAGAAUCCUGAUGUAGUUAUUCAGAAAAUAAUAAUUGUUCAUACUAUCAUGCGAAACAGGGUUUAUAUGGAUUUUAUUUGCUAGACGUUUAAUGGUGGCGAAUGAGCAAAUAUAUUUUCUUAGGAGGCUUGUGAUUUUAUGUUAAUGGAAAAGUCAGGAUUUUCGAAUGUCAAUGUUGACAAGGAAAAAACACUGAUGCAAAUAAGAAAUACAAACAUAUAACUGACAACGUGGUGAAAGGUUACAUAUGGAUGGGGUGAUUUUUUCCAUAAAAGUAUAAUAAUCUAAAAUAUAAUUAUUACGGGUUUCAUUUAGAUCAUUCUACGCUAACAACUAUGACAUCUGCCAUUUUACUACAGGAACUUUAUAAAGUAACAGUAAGUACAUAUGAUAAUAAUAUAUGCAGCUGUAUGACUUUUACAAGUUACAGAUGUUUGCUUUGAUUUCCAUGCAUACGAUAAUUUUUAACUAACUAAUUUUCCGGAUUAUGACAUUGCAUUUAAUUUCAUGCACUUGAUUUGUACUGUGUUUCAGCCUCAUAAAAUGUUCUAGUGCGUACAAGAUGUGUUUCAGCGACUUAUUAUGCACCGCGGUCUUAAAAACAACGAUACAAAUAAAUAUGCUCUUGUUAAUUUUGAAACUUUGAGUGCCAAAGCAGUCAUUGAUUAAAUCGUAUAGUGAUUCAAUUACGCAGCUAUCAUCAAGUUGUAUAAUAUUUUCCAUUUAUUAUUUAUUACUAGUUGACAUUUAGUGUAUUCUAUUGUUUAUGCAUUUUUUAAAUGUAGUAUGGUUAGGUAAUUAUUUAGUCAUUGUUGUUUGCAUAAUGGAACAAAUGAAAAUAAUAUUACUUUUAA